UUACAUGUUUCUAAGAUGGCGGCCGAUGUACGCAUGCGCAGUAGGGGUUCUUGACAGCUCGAAGAACUGUCUUAGCUUGGAGGAGAAUUGUUACUUUUUUAACCUAACAUCAAAUGUCUCGCUUGUCGUUCUGUGUUUUCAGCUGCAAACAUUUACUUUCGAAGAGUCCAGUCUACGAACCAGCCUUAACAGGGCGGUUCCGGGCUGGCAGUGGGUUAGCAAAAGACAGAGAACCCCUAAAGAAAGCUAAAACUCCCCAAGGGCGAUUGGAUAACAACGAAGAAGAGAAGACCAAGGAUGUUCUGGAAAGAUUCCAAGAUGAUGUGAACCCUGUGACAAAGGAAAAAGGAGGUCCCCGGGGUCCAGAGCCCACUCGUUAUGGAGACUGGGAGAGAAAGGGCCGCUGUGUGGACUUCUAGUUGACUAAUGCAUGAUGCAUCUGAAAUAUAUUUAAUAUAUAAAUAUUUAAUUAUCCCCUGAUGUUAAGUUGUGCUUCAGGUGAGUAAGAUGGUUGUGCUGAAAACUCAUCUUUGUAAACCUGUCCACAUGUUUGAAUGUUAAGACAAACUAUAAAAAAAAGAUGACAUCCUGGCCUGUUUGAGUUAUUAUUCCAUUGUUUAUUCAUUAAAAUCUGUUUCAUAAAAUUGAUCGAUAAAGGUUGCUUGAAAGAUAGUCAAAUUAUAACUAUUGUUAGAGAAAGUGUGUCUUGAUUGAAAUAAUGAUCCCCACUUCAGAUUGACACUGUCAGAUAUGUUUUUAUAUGGUCAACUUGGGGGAAACAAAAAUUGUAUCGUAUAAAAAAACAAAAUGUCAAUAAAUAUAAACACCUAUUUU